AUGACUUACCUGCAAGAUCAACUUAUCGAUAUUGAAGGUGUACGGAUUUAUGGUAGUCCAUGGCAUCCGAAACGUGGAUUUGUAUAUCGAUCUAAUGCGUUCGGUUAUAAAUCUAAACGUAUUCGAGCACAUAAAUGGACACGGAUUCCAGAAAAUAUCGAUAUACUUCUCACAUAUAGCCCACCGUACAGUAUUCGAGAUUUUAAUCCAAUGAAUGAAGAACAUUUAGGUUGUGCAGGUUUAUUCGAUGAAAUUGUCACAAGAGUUAAACCUCGUAUUCAUCUUUUUGGUCACUUGCACGAUGAUUUUGGUGCUAGUCUAUAUAAGAGUGAAGAAAAUCGAGCCUUAGAAAACAGUUCUGUGCCAUCAUCUCACGAUAUUCUCUUUGCCAAUUUAGCUGUUGAUCAAGGGGAGCUACUUGCUCAACCAGUCGUGAUCGAUUAUUUCUAUUAA